GUCUUUUGCUUCGUAAGUAAGCAGAAGUCGAACAAGAAAACAGUAGGAACAGAGCAGAUGCAUCAAGAAGCCAUCAUCUUUGAUAGGUUAGUCAGAAGCACAUGUAUGUUAGCCAAUCGUCGCGCGAUUAUGAGUUCAUUGUUUAGAAAUGGCAUCUGGGACGGCGCUUGACUCGAUGGCCAGUUCGGUGCAAACAGGGACACCGACACGAAGCGACAAUCGCCACUUUUGCUGAUCAUUUGUAAGCAAAAAGUUCAAAAAAAUAUUGCGUUCCCUGGUGACUAAAACCUCCUAUUUCGUCACCUGUAUUGCACAUCGCCCGGCCAUCUGAUCAUACCCACCUUUCUACUACUUCUGGACUGGAAUACCCGCACAGCAAAUUUCAUUUUCAAUCUAGUGCCGGGCAAGGUUAUACACAAGCAGUACUAGUGCGAAGUAGCUUCCUGCGAGUGGACCAUCUUAACCAGCUUCGGUCUUAGACCGCUACAGGCUUUCUACGGUGGAAAUGAUGAAGGUGACGAUCCUGGCCUGCUUCGCUUUGGCGGACUCUUUGGCAGAACCGCUUCUGGAGUCUCCCGAGUACGAUGCCACGCAGGAAGGUAGUGAAGAAGCUGUCCCAGACUCGAUGAGUCGAAUGCGCAGAGGAAACAGGGGGCAUGAUAAAGGAAUAGCGGCAGCACCUGGCACACCAUAUAACGCCACGACCGCCUUUACAGCUGGUAUUUAUAUUUUUAGACGCAGAUGAUACUUCAGCGUAAUAUAGCUCUAGUUUUACAUCAUCAGCAUUUGCGGUAGAAAAUCUUCGCAGAAGAAACGAUCCAUCUUAUUCUCUUCAGUUGAUAGGUUCUUUCUACUUUUAAUUUUCACAUCAUUUUCAAUCUUAUCAGAUACAGCGAAUAUCACGUAUGCUGCACGACACGGAACUACCACGUCUUCAUUGAAGUUCAGGAAGAGACGUGGCAACGCCUUUUCAUUCCUGGAGGAAACCGAUGCGCCUGAGAACGAUGUUGCAGAGGAGCGCGAUACUUUUCAACGUACAAAUUUUAUCCAUGACUUUCAUAGUUUACUGAGACUUACUUACAUUGACCAUCGACGUAUCUGUCACCUUUGCAGACUUCACGCUGACCUAAAAGGUAUAUACUAGCUUCCAAGACAAUUUUUUUCAUUGACGUCAUUUACAUCUCAAGUCAGUUAUCUUCGAUGCCCAUGCGUCAGGUUUUGGCAGCACAAGUCCCACGUUUGAAGCGUCGUUUUUAGACCUAAGGACGGCUCUAUCUUUGCAGAGCGGAAAUGAUUAUAGGCAUAAUAGCCCUGCGCAAUCGGACAUGGCGGAAAACCGUGCAGACAUCUGCACGAAAAUAGCUGGAUAUGGUAUGUGUAGAUCUCCUUUGUAAAUUCUGGGAUUGUGAAGACGAACAAGGAUCUGAAUUGUCCAUCUUCGCGUGAACUAUCAUGAUCGAUGGCGUGCGUAGUUCAGCAUUACACCACAAUUUGCAGUUUGAGGUCAUACAGAUGAGGCCAUACACGCAUGCAGUACAACAACCUACUCAUACCUACCCCCGACCACAUCAACCACACAUGACGCCCACCUUCCUACAAUAACAUAAGCAAUCGUUCAUGACUAGUACUUGUCGAAGGUAUUUACGUUGCCAACAAACGUUUUAUUUUGCUACGAAUAAUACUGAUGCUGAUACUUCAGACGCUACUCGGGCCCCGUAUGCCCUAUACGUGAUCCUCCAGACAGGGCAGAAUAUCCCUCAAACGGCCUCUGAAGUCCGAAGAGCGUACAUGGCCAUGGCAAAGAGGUGCCACCCCGACAAAAACCUGGAUCGAGAUACCAAGGACGCUUUUCAAAAAAUAGUCGCUGCGUUCGAAAAGCUCAAAACCGACGAGCGGGUUGCAUUGUACAAUAACGAAGAGUUCCAAAAGCAAGCUGAAAGAAACGAGCGCAAGGCAGCACGCAUCGGAGGGGACAGCAGCAACCAGCCUAGUGGACCUCCAGAGCCAUCGCAGGGGGCUUCUGCAUCAUCUUCAGGGGCAUCAGGUUUGCUUCGCCGCCUCGGGGGCGCUCUUUAUAAGUACCUGCUCAGUGGCGACUCACAACAAUCGAAGCCACAAUCGAAGCCACAAUCGCAGCCACAACCGAAGCCACAAUCGCAGCUACAACCGAAGCCGCAACCGCAGCAACAACCGCAGCGGCGCCCACUAAAGCAAGAAGCUGCAGAGCCUCCUACACCCGCUCAGGAACAGCGAAUCACCAUACAAGAUCAACGCAGCUAUUUGGGUACAGUCUACGACUACAACUAAAUUUUUGGGUCUUCAUGAAGCUGCUUCACUGUUUAUCAUCUGUUGAAAUUUUUGUUGUAUUUUUGAAUCUGAUUCCGAAUCUAUUCUCUCACGUUCUCGAAUGCGCGACACUAUAUAUGCUUCUUCCAUUUUCAGGUUGGUAUUCGAAUGACCUUUCCAUUGAUGGCGAUGAUCCUUUCCAAGAAGCGGUCAAGACCGUGGCACAGACGUAUAAUUUGCUGUUGCCCGCCUCCCGCGUGGUAGGGAAGACGCAUGGGGCGUGGGCGAACGAAAUUCCAUAUGCGGAAAGAUUGCCAUUCGAGACGUGGGUUGACAAAGACCUGGAAAGGCUAAAAGCUGCAGCUCUAGAAGCACCUUUUACGGCUAGGCUUACACCAUGUCAUGUAGAAUAUUUGUUCCCUCAUAGACCGUCCUCGGAUAGUUUGAACAGUUAAAACCACUAAGCAGUCACCCGACUCGACAUGGUGGUAGUGAAGCACGUCUAACACUCUUCGUUCUCGGUCAUGGAUUCCUUACCAGGAAGUGAGGACUCAGUACAGUGAUGAGCAGCAGAGGAGGUCGGGCAUGCCUGUACACAGAUACUGGGGAAUCGAGUUGCAUCGACUCGAUGGGAGCAUGGAGUGGAAGAUUCGGGGAGACGAGGGGGCCUUGAAAAAUCUGUUCGGCCGAGUUUUUCCGGGGGAAUCUUCGAGGUAUAGUCCGAUGGGGAUGGUAGGGACAGCACAUGACUUCGUUAGGCCAAAAUUUCCAGUAGAUGAAUCCUAUUUCCCUUUCGAAGACUUGAAUGACCACGAACAGAACGUCGAGGCUGGUAUCCAUGAACUAGGAAGACUGUGUCAGAAGAAACAGCAACAUCAACAAUCGAAAAUUUGUUACCUAGCCGUUCUGUAUACAUGGGCGAUAUUUCCUUUUCAUUUUCCAGACAACCCAAUGCAGGAAACGCGGUACCUGCGUCUCGUUCCCAUGCUAUCCCUUCUUUUGCCUGACAGCCACGAUUUGAGAGUAGAUACCACCUUGCGUCCACCCGUUCCAGACCUAGUGCGCUAUAUUCCACCCCGCGACCAGGAGCUGCAAAAGAAUAAGAGGCAAAAGAAGUAGAACAUUUUUAUCACGAGCUGAGAAAAUAC